CCUCAGAUGUAAACAAAUGCGAUUUAUCAAGAAAAAAGUGUUUAAUUUAAAUGAUUCAAGUAGAGAAUUUCAUCAAUUUGGCCUUGAUGUAAAGAAUUUUCAAAAUGGUUAAACAAACCAUUCAAAUUUUUGCCAGAAUAAAGCCGACUAAAGCAAAAGCAGGGGUCUAUGAUAUAGAUAAUGAUGAUGAAGGUUUGCCGCGGCUCACAUUUAACAUCCCAAGAGAACUUGCUGAUGGCUUCAUCAACAACAAAAGGGAAAACUACAAAUUUAGGUUCCAGAAAGUUUUUGACCAGAAAGCACAACAAGAUGAAAUUUUUGACCAUGUAGCCAAACCUGUAGUAGACAAUGUCCUGGAAGGCUACAAUGGCACUAUUUUUGCUUAUGGACAGACUGGGAGUGGUAAGACAUUUACCAUUACAGGAGGAGCUGAGAGAUACAAUGAUAGAGGAAUCAUCCCUAGAAUGUUGUCUUAUAUAUUUGAAUGUUUUGAAAAGCAUUCGGAAAGAGCAUUUACAGCACAUAUUUCCUACCUAGAAAUCUACAAUGAUUCUGGAUAUGACUUACUAGAUCCUAAACAUGAAGCUGCCAAACUGGAAGAUCUUCCGAAAGUGAGUUUAAUGGAAGACAAUGACCAGAAUAUACAUCUGAAGAACCUAUCAGUUCAUCAGGCAACCAGUGAGGAAGAUGCAUUGAAUUUGCUCUUUCUGGGGGAUACAAACAGAAUGAUAGCUGAGACACCCAUGAAUCAAGCUUCAACAAGAUCACACUGUAUAUUUACUGUCCAUCUGACGUCAAGAGAGCAUGGUACAGCAACUAUACGACGAUCCAAAAUUCAUCUUGUUGACUUGGCUGGGUCAGAGAGGGUGUCAAAAACAGGAGUUAAAGGUGUUUUGUUAUCUGAAGCCAAAUAUAUCAACUUAUCACUGCAUUUUCUGGAACAGGUCAUCAUCGCAUUAUCAGAGAAGAGUCGUUCACACAUCCCGUACAGGAACUCUAUGAUGACGUCAGUUUUACGAGACAGUUUAGGUGGUAACUGUAUGACCACUAUGAUAGCAACUUGUGCAAUAGAUAGGAGAAACAUUGAUGAGACUAUUUCAACAUGUCGGUUUGCUCAGAGAGUGGCCAUGAUCAAGAACGAUGUGUUGUUGAAUGAGGAAUUGGACCCUAAAUUAAUGAUACAGAAGUUGAAGAAGGAAAUACAACAACUCCGGGAGGAACUUGCCAUGGCAACAGGGGAACAGAGAACAGAUGAACUAACUGAAGAAGAUCUUAACAGAUGUGAGGAAGCUGUGAAGAUGUACCUGGCUGACUCUGACCCUGAUGCUAUGAUAAAUGUGGGUGCUGAUAUGAGAAAAAUACACACAUGUUUUAGAAUGAUGAAGAAAAGGGUGUUGGAAAAGCCGUCAACCCCACAGAAGUCAGUGACUCCUAUCCCAGCAGCUCCAGUACAGCAAGGACCACCACCAGAUACAGGUCCCUAUAGUGAAACAGAGAAUGAUAAACUUAAACAACUGGUUGUACAGAGAGAUAAUGAAAUAAACAUUUUAGUAAAUAUGUUAAAGAAAGAGAAGAAGAGAGUGAAAGAUGCCUCGUUACAGUUAGAAAAGUUAGGACAGAGACCACCAUCUAGUGCUAGAGGGGAAGGAUUUAGUGAAAGUUUUACAGUACCAGAGAAGAAAGUAAAUGGUUAUGUGACACCAGGUUCACGUACAAACACUGGAAAUUCAGAUGAUUGGCGAAGACCUCCUUCUGGGACUGGCAUAAGCAAAGAAAAACAAAGGCAACGGAUAGAAAAUGAUAAAAAAGUUAAAAAGCAGAUCUUGGGUGAUAUGUCUGUAGGUAGACAAGAGGCGUUUGAGAUUUUCCGUCGGGAUUACGACCACAAUGAUGCAAUAGAAGAGAACAAACAAGAACUGAAGCAGAGAUAUGCCGAGGCAAAAUCACUGGGAGAGAAAGUUAACAAGUCCAGACAGAGUAUAAAUCAUUUGAAAAGUCAGAUAGAACACUACAGAAUGAAUAUGGCUAUGCAAGGUUUAGCAGAUUCAGCGAAUCUAGAACCGGAUGAACAAGAAAUGGAAAUGAGGCACUCCAUGGAAACUGCUAAAAUACAAUACAAGGAGACGUUUAACAGAUUACGCACACUGAAAUCAGAGAUAGAGCACUUGCAGCAUCUUUUAGAGAAGUCCAAGGUCAAACUGAUGAAAGAUUUUGAACUAUGGUGGGCUGAACAAAUAGCCAUUUCACAGCAAGAACAGCUGGGAGGAGCUAAUGGUACUAUGAAGAAUGCGUGGCAGACGCCGCCCACUACACAAUCUAGAGGAAGGUCAUCCUCACCCAUCUCUGAAGAUGUGUCACAUAGACUCAGCAAACUGAGAGGAAGUGUGGCAGGAAAUAUUGCAGCAAAUUUACGAGCAUCAAAUAGUGCUGAUGGUAGAAUAAAUGAACCUGUGGAACAAAAUAGAAGCUUAACAAGAACUAGAUCAAGUCAGAGCCCAUCUGGUAUGAGGCUUACAGGCGACCCACAGGCUGAUGCAGAUAUUAUGGCCUUUGUGAAAGCAAGACAGAAUAUUUUACAACAGGCCCAGAAAAGGUGAUGAAAGCUCAAGAACUGUCAGGGACAUAAUCUGUUGAUAGAAACUAGUUGUGUGUUGGUGUAGGCACAUGUGACCUGGUCAGUUGUUGUGAUAAACUUGAAACAACAGAUAUAGCUUGACCAAAAUAGAUAAAAGAUGAAGAGAUAUGUAGAAAGAGCUUUAGCUGCUGAACACUGUAUGAGACUGUGAUAGAGGAAUUUUCCUAUGAAAAAAAUAUUAUAUAUACAAUGAAUUAUUCCAUGAAGAAAUUCGAUCAAGCUAUUCCAGUGGAAGGAGAUAGUUUUACAUUCCAUUAAAACCUUAGAUAUAAGUACAGAGAUAAACUGCCAGUAUUCAGUUAAAACAUAAAUUGAAUAUUAAACUUGUUACAACUGUUGUGUAAUUCAUACUAGCGCUUAGCCUUCUGGUGGCAAGUGAUUCCGCCUUUGCGAACAGUGCCGACCAAGAUCAGCCUGCACAUCCAUGCAGACUGAUCUUGGUCUGCACUGUUAGCUAUUCGGUCAGUAAAUUUUCAGUGAACGCCCCUUCGAAUAAUAAAUGGUUCUGCCCAAACUGAAUGAGAGACCAGUUCAUUUUAGAGAUUUAGCAGGGUAAAGGUUAAUACUUUGGCUUCCAUAGGCAAGCAAGGUGAAAGAGAGAAGAGAAGAGUGUGGUGAAAGUUAAUGUGAUUGUUUGUUUUCCAUGCUUUGGUUUUGUGCUGAAAUUCCCAUUUUUAACUGAAGGUUAAACUUGAAACCAGCUUUACCAUUAUGUAUCUUUCACGUGUCAUCUAUAGUCAUUUCAUAUACAGUAAAACGUGGAUUGCUUGAGGUACAAGUGGAUGUUUGAAAUGCUCGAGUUAUCUAGGGUUUAAAUCCUUACCCUGCUUAAUUUCAAAAAUGAACUUGUCCAUCCUUCAAUUUGGACAGUAAGUACCAUUAACUGUUAAAAGGUACUGACUGAAUUGCAAACAGUGCAGAUCUUGAUCAGACUGCAUGGAUGUGCAGGUUGAUCAUGAUCCACACUGGUUGCAAAGGCAGAAUCAAUUGUGUCCAGCAUGAUAAGGGUUAAAGAGAUCCAAAUAUAGAAAUUAUAAGGAAAACGACAGGGGGUCAAUAUGAAUUGCUCGAGAAAGCAUGGGGGGUUCAAGUCUUCUGUGCUUGAGCGAAGGGUAUUUCACUGCAUAUUUGAAACAUUAGCAUCAAAUGCACUUUGUUCAGAGUGUUGUAUUGUUUGGUUAAAUAUAAGAUGCACUGAUAGUGUUUUUGUAUGUAGUAUGUAGAAUCAAUUUUACACACAUACACUUUUUAUUUUGUUGUUACUGAAAGGCCAGAAUAAAUAAGUUCAAAGUUAACUGUCCAAAUUUCUGUCUAAAUGUAAAAUUGAAAAUGAGUUUAUUACGUUAGCUUAAAGGCAACUGGAAAUACUGAAUAUUGUAUUAAUGAAUUGUAAUUAUUAUUGUAAUUUUCCAGUUUCCAUGAAUAUGAACAUUUUAAUGAGAAGUGUAAAUUUCUACUGAUCAGUACUUUGGACUUUUUUAUACUGGCCUUAAUAUCUAUUUAUGUGUUCCGUCCAUUGAAAUAAUGUCUCACACAAUUAUUGAAAUCCUAUAAAAAAAAUAUUUUUUUAGUCAAUUCAUUCUUUGUAGAUGAAAUGGAAAACUGCUGAAAUCAGUGAGUGCCUUGACACAGAGAAAUCUUGUUUUUUGACCAUUUUUCUGCCAAAAACAUAGUGGGUUUGCGACCAGCAUGGAUCCAGACCAGCCUGCACAUCCGCGCAGUCUGGUCAGGAUCCAUGCUGUUCGCUAACGGUUUCUCUAAUUACAGUAGUCUUUGAAAGCGAACAGCAUGGAUCCUGACCAGACUGCGCGGAUGCGCAGGCUGGUCUGGAUCCAUGCUGGUCGCAAAGCCACUAUGGCUCAAAUAAAUAUUCAAUGCCAGUUUUAUGUAGCAGUUUGAAAAUGGUGCUUCUCAAAGAGAUUAAUUUGUAAGAUCAGUACUAUUGUAUAUCUCAAAAUAUUAGUUUGUGGAGGCACUUGGAUUUCACUGAUAUAUGAAGGUGAUAUGGGUCUGAAUCUCUACUUCAGCAUUUCUAUAUUUUUAGUAGAGAUGUGUAUUACAGAAACUGCUGACUUUUUUAAUCAAACAAAGAAGGCAUAAAUUGUCUAUGUGAUAUAAGACAUAAAUUUUAAGAAGUGUUUAAGAGGUGUUGUCUGCACUGCUAGAUUAUUACAUGUCUUGUACUUGUGUUGCUACAAAAUUCGGGCUGGCUGAUAACAAUAUAAAGAAAGUGAGCCGCGCCAUGAGAAAACCAACAUAGUGGCUUUGCGACCAGCUUGGAUCCAGACCAGCCUGUGCAUCCGCACAGUCUGGUCAGCAUCCAUGCUGUUCGCUUUCAAAGCCUAUUACAAUUAGAGAAACGGUUAGUGAACAGCAUGGAUCCAUGCUGGUCGCAAAGCCACUAUGUUGGUUUUCUCAUGGCGCAGCUAAAGUAUUUGAGCUUCUACCAGACACUAGUGCCAGUGAUGCAUUUUAAGGUUGAAACAUAAUCAUGUGGUGGCCACAUUGUAUCAAAGGCAGUAUCUAACCAGUCGAACCAAAAAUGAUACACUUGUUAAUAAACAACUAUGUGGUGCCUUUGGAGGUUAUUGGUACAAGUAAUGGCAAAAGGGUGUAACCUGAAUGCUGAUUUAGGUUUAUGAGUGCUAUUAACCACAGAAGGCAUGUCAUUGCUGUUUAAUGGUUUGUUUUAUUAUCACUGUGGGGAAUCACAUGAUCAAAAUAAUCUCUAAACCAAAGUUAUAUUUUGAAGAACAUGAAUAAAUUUCCUGUCAUAAGAUAUAAGAAAUAGAUAAAGUGAAGAACUAACUCCAGAAAUAUACUUUUUACUUCAAAACUAACAUGUUUCGUCCAUUGGACUUCAUCAGAGUAUAAUAACAAAAUAGUAUGACGUCACAGGAAAGUACGACGUCAAUGACGACAUCAAAAGACGUUACCCAUUUUGACGUAAUAUUCACAUAUAGUAUAGGAUCAAAAAUAGAGACUUAUUCCCUGCAAAAAUUGCAAAGCAAAAAUAAUAUUAAUACAGGCAAGGAAAACUAACUUUUAUGCAAAAAUACAUUAAGGAAGAAUCUGUGUGAAAAAAUGAAAGACUAAAAUAAUAUUUUAGCAUUCAUGCCAUGAGGCCAGGCUGUAUUCAAUGUAUGAAUCCAACGAGUCUCUUUCAAGAGCCUAAACCAGUCAUUUUUUACCAAGUCGAUUGGCAUGAAAGAAAAAUCACUAACAGAGUGAUUUUCAGAAUUGAAAUGUUCAGAUACAUUUGUAGGAGUAUCAGGAAAAUGUCUGAUAUCAAAUUUAUGGCUGUUCAUUCUUUGAGAACAUUUCUGAUGUGUUUGUCCCACAUAUUGUAACUUACACUUUUUGCAUGUGAUUAAAUAGAUAACAUUUUCAGACAUGCAGUUAAGAUUUUGUUUAACAGUUUUUAAAGUUUGAGAGCUUGUAAACUGUACAGAUUCAGUGAUAUUAGCGCAAUGAGAACACCGUGUUCUAUUACAUUUAAGAACACCACCAUUUACAUCCGAAGACAUCAGGCUACUGUGAACCAAGAUAUCACUAAGAUUUGUAGGUCGCUUGUAAGCAAUAAUUGGUUUGCAUUUAACCAGGUUGCGUACACUGCUUUUCUCAGAUAGUUCAAAAAGCCCCCAAUAUUUAUUAAGGAUCUGACCAAUGUUUGGUAGGGAUGGGUUGUAUACGCAAACAAAGGGGAUAAUGUCAUCUGUGUUCUGCCUGUGAUUGGUCAUGGCUUCUUCGGUUGACAAUGCUGAUGCUUUAUCUAAAGCAUCAUCAAGGAUAUGACUUGGAUAAUUACGAUUUUGGAAAUACGUUCGCAAUUUCUCCAAUUCAUUUGUGAACAAAUCAUCAUUAGAAGUGAGACGUCUGUAUCGCUUAGCUUGGCUAUACGGGAUCCCUUUCUUGCAUGAAAGAGGGUGACGGGAUGAAAAUUCAAUGUAUUGAUGUGUAUUGGUUGCUUUUUCAUGAACAGAAAAAUCAAAAUUACCAUCUCCUGUUCUACCAAUAUUAACAUCAAGAAAUGUAGCUGUAUCUCUUGAACAACUGUGGGUGAAUUUUAUAUUGGGAUGGACAUUGUUUAAUUUGUCAAUAAAUUUAAGUAGGUCUGCUUCACUGUGUUCCCAUAUAAAAAAAAUGUCAUCGAGGAAACGUAACCAAAGCGAUGGCUUAACAGUAGUAUUAGCUAGGAAAUCGCUUUCCAGUUUACCCAUAAAAAGUGAAGCAUAAGUAGGAGCCAUACGUGUACCCAUAACAGUACCUAAAAUUUGAACAUAAUUUUCAUUAUUGAACUGAAAAUGGUUUUUAGUCAAGACUAGUUCAAUAAGCUGGCAAAUAUCAUUGACUGACUGAUGUGACAAGUAUGAAUGAGCUUUGUCCAAAUAUUCACGGCAAGCCUCUAUCCCGUCAUCAUGCGGAAUAUUAGUGUAUAAGGAUGAAACAUCCAUAGUAACCAAAAAUGCAUUAGGGGAGAUAUUAGGCAUAGACCCUAGCUUUUUAAUGAAGUCAGUAGAGUCUUUAACAUAUGAGGGCAGGGCUUCCAUGUGUGGCUUCAAGAUAUUAUCAAUGUAUUCAGAUAUGCCUUCAGUAACAGAGUUAUACCCAAAUACAAUUGGCCGUCCCGGGUAACCAAGUGGUAGUUAUGAGUUAAUAUCUUUAUGAAUUUUGGGCAAGAUGUAAAACUGUGGCAUUCUGGCAUCACUAAGUACAACUAAAGUAUCAUUAGAAUCACCAUUAACAUUCCUACAAAUAACAUCUAAAACAUCAGUAACAUCUUUUGAAAACUGUUCAACAGGGUUAUGAUCAAGUUUUUUGUAGUAAGCAGUAUUAUUCAGCUGUCUGUUGACUUCAGCAAUAUAAUCAGUUCUGUUCAUUACCACAAUAACCGAGCCUUUGUCAGAUUUCUUAAGGAUUAUACUAUCAUCAUUUCGAAGAUUUUUCAGGGCAGAAAGUUCAUCAGUAGAUAGGUUAGGUCGAAACCUGUACUUACUGUUCUUUUGAAGAAGUUCAUGCGUUAUAGCAUCAAUGUAAAAAUCAAGUGUAGAGUCUCUUCCAGAAGGUGGAGUAAAUAUUGAAUGUUUUUUCUUAUAUUUCUGUUUAUUUUUCCCACCUUCAGCACUAUCACAAUUAUUUUCGCCAUCAGAAUCCUCUUCCGGCAUGUAAAAAUAUUCUUUCAACCGUUAACGUCUCGUGAACUCAAAAAUCUCUUGUUUUAACUGUAUCUCAUUAUGGUGCUUAGGUUUAAGACAAAAUUUUAGUCCCUUACCUAAAAGUCUGUACUCACAGUUUGUAAGUUCCCUUGAAGAAAGAUUUUUCACUGUCUCCUUGCCCCUUUGUAUUUCUUUCUGUAUUUUCUUUUGUUGUUGCCAUUUUCUCCUACUUUGAAUUCGGAUGAAUCUCCUAUUCCUUUUAUUUCUCCCAGACACUUGAUGAGGUGAUCUAUUGACUCCUUGAGGCAGCUCUGUGAAUCCCGAGGUUUGAUUCUCGGAGACUGAUUCUCGUCUCUCUUCUGUUUUUUUUUCCCCCAUUUUGUGACAUUCGCGUAGGUCAUAUUCUGUGCCUUGCCUGGGGGCAUCCCGUUUUUUGACUGAUUUAAGUUAGGGCGAGAAGAAAUUGGAUUUUUUUCUGCGUUUUCUUGAUUUUUUCCUGAUGAUGUUUUUUGUUGUGUGGCAGCAGUAGUUUUCUCUGGAUCAUCUCGUCUCUUUUUCUCUCUAUUUUUAUUGUUGUUGUUUUUCUUUUUGUUGUUUUCCUUGUUGUUGUUGUUCUUCUUGUUCUGAAUGUUAUUUUCAUUUAUCUCAGGACAGGAAGUGUUGUUGACUGGAACAUUUAACAUCCUUUUCUGCAAAACUUCAAUUUUGUUGUUUUGCUUUUGUAGAAUUUUAUUCUUUUUGGUUUCUGUUUUUUCAAAGAUGUCCUGUGUGACAGUUAUCCAUCUUGUUUCAUUCUUUAGUUUUUGCCUUCAGCCUGUUUUCCUGUUCAGUCAUUUUAGGUUUUGAUUCAUGCAGUUGCUGUCUAUGUUCUUCACAAACCAGACGAGUUACUUCAAGCGAUGUUUUCUUUAACAAUCGAUCAACUGCAGCUUGGAAACGGUCAUUUUCUCCCACUUGAACUUUUAAAUUUACUUGUAGUCCUUUUGGAGAUAUAUUCUGUGACAAACAAUUUUCCAAAAAUCUGAUAUGCAAUGAUUUUCGCAUUUGAAAAUCAGCAAGUCUCUCAAUAUCCUUUAUCAUUUUUUCCAUUCUUCCGAAGGAUCUGUUACAGAUGCGGAGUUCUUCAGAUAUAGUUGUAAGAAAUAGAUAAAGCGAAGAACUAACUCCAGAAAUAUACUUUUUACUUCAAAACUAACAUGUUUCGUCCAUUGGACUUCAUCAGAGUAUAAUAACAAAAUAGUAUGACGUCACAGGAAAGUACGACGUCAAAAGACGUUACCCAUUUUGGCGUAAUAUUCACAUAUAGUAUAGGAUCAAAAAUAGAUACUUAUUCCCUGCAAAAAUUGCAAAGCAAAAAUAAUAUUAAUACAGGCAAGGAAAACUAACUUAUAUGCAAAAAUACAUUAGGAAGAAUCUGUGUGAAAAAAUGAAAGACUAAAAUAAUAUUUUAGCAUUCAUGCCAUGAGGCCAGGCUGUAUUCAAUGUAUGAAUCCAACGAGUCUCUUUCAAGAGCCUAAACCAGUCAUUUUUAGCUCAUCUGAUUUUUUGAAAAAAAAUGAUGAGUUAUUGUCAUCACUUGAGCGGUUGUCUGCGUCGGCGUCUGCGUCGGCGUUGCCUGGUUAAGUUUUAUGUUUAGGUCAGCUUUUCUCCUAAACUAUCAAAGCUUUUGCUUUGAAACUUGGAAUACUUGUUCACCAUCAUAAGCUGACCCUGUAAAGCAAGAAACAUAACUCCAUCUUGCUUUUUGCAAGAUUUAUGGCCCCUUUUGUACUUAGAAAAUAUCAGAUUUCUUGGUUAAGUUUUAUGUUUAGGUCAACUUUUCUCCCAAACUGUCAAAGCUAUUGCUUUGAAACUUGGAAUACUUGUUCACCAUCAUAAGCUGACCCUGUACAGCAAGAAACAUAACUCCAUCUUGCUUUUUGCAAGAUUUAUUGCCCCUUUUGGACUUAGAAAAUCAGUUUUCUUGGUUAAGUUUUAUGUUUAGGUCAGCUUUUAUCCUAAACUAUCAAAGCUAUUGCUUUAAAACUUGCAGCACUUGUUCACCAUCAUAAGCUGACCCUGUACAGCAAGAAACAUAACUCCAUCCUGCUUUUUGCAAGAUUUAUGGCCCCUUUUGGACUUAGAAAAUAUCAGAUUUCUUGGUUAAGUUUUAUGUUUAGGUCAACUUUUUCUCUUAAACUAUCAAAGCUAUUGCUUUGAAACUUGCAACACUUGUUCACCAUCAUAAGCUGACCCUGUACAGCAAGCAGCGUAACUCCAUCCUGAUUUUUGCAAUAAUUAUUGCCCCUUUUGGACUUAGAAAAUCAUUUUCUUGGUUGAGUAUUAUGUUUAAGUCACUUUUUCUCAUAAACUAUCAAAGCUAUUGCUUUAAAACUUGCAACAGUUUUUCACCAUCAUAAGUGGACACUGUACAUCAAGAAACAUAACUCUAUCCUGCUUUUUGCAGGAAUGAUGGCCCUUUUUAGUCUUAGAAAAUCAUGGGUAGGACAAUAUUUCUAUUACACAAAAAAAAUCAGAUGAGCGUCAGCACCCGCAAGGCGGUGUUUACCAAGUCGAUUGGCAUGAAAGAAAAAUCACUAACAGAGUGAUUUUCAGAAUUGAAAUGUUCAGAUACAUUUGUAGGAGUAUCAGGAAAAUGUCUGAUAUCAAAUUUAUGGCUGUUCAUUCUUUGAGAACAUUUCUGAUGUGUUUGUCCCACAUAUUGUAACUUACACUUUUUGCAUGUGAUUAAAUAGAUAACAUUUUCAGACAUGCAGUUAAGAUUUUGUUUAACAUCGUAAGUUUUUAAAGUUUGAGAGCUUAUGAAAGAUAUGAAAUUUAAACAUAGCCUAUCAUAUGACUAAUGAAAAUUGUUAAAUUAUCAUGGAGUUGACAAUAAUGAUAGACAUCCUGUAAUUACAAACACUAAGGAAAAUAAGAAGUAUAAGAAGUUUCUUGAAGUGUUCCAGAUAACCAGAAGGUGAUUGUGACUGAAAUCUAUGUAGUUUUAGGAUACAUGUAUGUUGGUGAAUGAUAGGCUGUAUCUUAGAUUUACAACAAAAGAUUCUUCAGUAUUAUCCAACAUUAUUCGUAAAUUUAUUUUGGUUUAGAGAUUAUUUUGAUCAUGUGAUUCAUCGCAGUGAUUAUGCCCCCGGCAUCUACUGAUGCGGGAGGCAUAUAGUGAUUGUCCUGUCCGUCAGUUGUUUGUCCGUCCGUCUGUACGAGGGUAACCAAAUGGGACCGUUUCGUCUAGCAUCAAUACCCUUUACUAGAAUGACUUGAUACUAAUGCAGAUGUAACCUGUGACCAUUCCUCAUCUUCAGACAUCACCUGACCUCAGUUUGACCUUGACCUUGACCUCAUUUUGGACUUAGGUUGCUUUUUGUGGGCCAUCCCUUGGUUAACCAAAUGGGACCGUUUCGUCUAGCAUCAAUACCGCUUACAAGAAUUAAUUGAUACUAAUACAGAUGUAACCUGAGACCAUUCCUCAUCUUCAAACAUCACCUGACCUCAGUUUGACCUUGACCUUGACCUCAUUUUGGACUUAGGUUGCUUUGUAUCGACAAGGAUGCAAUCCGGGGCAUCAAGCGUUUAUUGAACGCAGCUCCUUGUUGAAUACCAAAAUAUUAUUUUUUGUGGUUAUUGGAAGAUCAUGUGGCAUCACAAUAACAAGUUCUAGUGCAUGAUUCAUGUUGCUGGUAUGGGUUAAGGAUUCUAUCCUGAGCAGUUUUGUUACUAUUAAUAGUAAUAUAAUGUUAUACAAAAAUAUAUAUUCACUGAUAACUGUCACAAAAGAUUACCUCAAAAAGAUAAUGUUAAGUAGAUCAUCUUUCAUGAGAAAACUUUCUAAAGGGAAGCAAUGGUCUAGUGGUUAAGGUGUCGACUACUCAGCUCGGAGGUCCUGGGUUCUACCGCUUACUGGGUUCGUGACCUUGCUGACCCAAGUGACACUAGUACUGGUUAUUCCAGGAAGCGGACUUCAGAGUGAUACAAAUAAAUUCCAAGCUUUCAUCCCACUCCAGCUAAAAUAAAUUAUUAUAAACUAAACUUCCUGAACUUUGGGUAGCUGGAGACCUUGGGUAUUGGAAGUACUUCCUUUUGUUCCCAUGUGUCCUUAGAGAUUUCAGUGUUUAUCUACGUGUAUUUCGCUGUUACAUAAUUUGGUGCCCUGUAUUUAUAUCAUGGCUGUGAAAAUGAAAAAUAUACAACUAUUUUAAAUGUUGUACAAUAUACAUGUAUUUACAUUCUGCAUUGUUACUUGUGAUAUAUUACUGAUAUUUUUACAUUGUAUGCAGGUUAUUUAUUUUAUGUCAAUUGUAUAAUUUAUAAUGUAAACUGUAUGCCAUAUUAAAAUGCUUAAUACAAUG